AUGCGGAAGUCGGGAGCCCGGAGCCACUCCAGAAAGUACUGCCGCUUCCACCGAGACCACGGCCACAACACAGAGGAGUGCUUUCAACUCCAAGAUGAGAUCGAGGCACUUAUUCGCCGUGGGGUGCUCAACCGGUUCGUGCAGAACCGGCGUAAUGAAAGAAGGCCGGUAGAAAAUGCUGCGCCGUCCGAAAAUCCAAAUGACAACAACAAGCCCAUCGCUGGCACCAUCAACACUAUAGGAAGAGGCCCGGCCGAAGGAAGCUCGGCUGGAGAACUGACCGGAAGAAGGACCCCUCCAAAGCGUCAACGCACCUCUGAAGCCAUCUCGUCCUCGGACGAGGACUUAAAAGGAGUUGAGACUCCUUAUGAUGAUGCUGUGAUCAUCUCCAUGGUCAUGAACAAGUUUGAUAUUCAAAUGGCGCCUGAGGAUGAGGAGAAGAUUGCCUUCGUCACCGACAAGGGCCUCUACUGCUACAAAGUGAUGCUGUUCGGGUUGAAGAAUGCCUGA